AUGUGGACCGAGAUCCAGAUGCUCGCGAAGUUCCCUCCGCACCCCAUCUCAUGCUUCUCGAUCUGCUUGUCCUCGACGAGCAACACGCCCCAAAGCUCGCGGCCGCGCUUCAAGCUGAAGUGGCUCAAGCAGUUGAUGCGGACCGUGGACGACCUAAACCUCAAGCACGGCAUCAUCCACCAGGAUAUUGCCGACCGUAACCUAAUCGUCGACCCGGAUACCGGCUCGAUUGCUUUGAUCGACUUCAACUUGGCCUACCAGGCUAGACUUACGAAACAGGGGCCGCGUGACCGUGAGGGGAAGUGGGCAGAGAGAGACGACGUCAAGGGUGUCUUGGUCUUCCUCUACGAGUACAUCACCCAGGACCCGACCCUCGCAGGAGGCCUCUACACCUUGAACGAGGUCAACGAGACAAAGUCCAUGGACCCGGCCAAGUGGGCCAAGCACCCGAGCGUGGAGCUGGACAAGAAGGUGGCCGACUUCUACUCUGAGCUGAUGGCCUGGGUCCGUCACCGCGCCGGCAAGCAGCUGACACGCUACACCGAGGCGCCGGACCACUUCGAGUGGCCCAGUGCCCAGGAGGUAGAAAAGAAGCAGGGGCGAUGCAUAUUGUAUAGCGUUGCUGAACGGCGCCGCGCCGGCCUUCCGCACCUCAGUUGGAGGCGUCCCCCGUCAUCCAUGCUAGACCCGACCCGUCGGCUGCUCGCCACGGGGCGGUAUGCCGACGAAGAGGAGGCCGCGCAGAACGCAAUCGCCAAGCCCGUCGCGGCGGCCAGUAAAAACUUUGUCCAACAGCCGCCCUUCGGCAGGUUGAGCCCCGAUACCGCUCCCAUCAUUCCUCCGGCCACAGACAUGGAGCUAAGAAUGCCAAGCUUAAAGAGGCCGUUGCCAAGGUUGGAGCCAGUGCCAGGGUCGAAGCCAGUGCCGAGGCUGAAGCUGAAGCCGGCGCCCAGGAUGGGGCUCGUGCUGGGGCUCCGACAGAAGCGAAAAAGGGAGGGUGACGACGACGCUGGAAUGGUGGUCGCUCCUGACAAAGCGGUCAAGAACAAAAAGCGCUUGGGACGCUCGGCGAAAGCCCGUAGCCGAGGGGUGAUGGAAAGCAGUUGUGGGCUGCUAAACUCGCUGUUGACAGAUAGCUUCUGACAUGAUACAUACUGUUAUGGUUUUCCAUUGGAUUAAAAAUCUUGGCAAUCUGAGCAGGCUGAGACUAUUCAACGUUGCGAUCAAGGAACGAAAGCACUGAUCAACCUCCAAUCCGCGAAGCGGCCUGCAACAACUCGUAUUAAGUGCCACACCGAAGCCGAGGACCUGGCCAGCUACAGAGAUACACUCGCAGAGAGACCUGUACAGGGCUCUCGACGGGUGGGGAAACAAAGAGAGAAGGCUUGAAAGGAAGGUGAUUAGGUGGCUACUAUGCUCUAGGAGGCUCCUGGAGUAUAGGCUAGCUGCACGGCUGGAACUAGGCUAGUUCGCUGGCCUAGUCAGCUAUUUGCGCCUUUCUUUUCGCUGUAGUGAGUGGAUUCAGGACUUCAGACUGCUAUAGGGGAGACAGAGGAUUUCAGUCCAGCCUUGCAGGCAUGGUUUUCCUUUAUAGUUAAUGGUAGAGGGUCCGGCGAGCCCUAGGG